AACCCCAAAGGGUAAUGUUUGGGCUGACUAGAAGUCAAAAAAGUGCUUGAAAUACAGCAAAACCCGCUCUUUUCUUGGCAAAACCCUUGUUCAGUUAUGGCUCAUGUUCGUGCUCUGAUAGUUAGAGGAGAAAAGGUUCAGAAGUUUCUGGAGGCUGCUUGUUCAGGGAAUAUUAAGCUUUUCAAAAAAUUGGCAAAGCAACUGGAUGAUGGAAAAGGGUUGGCCGCUACGGUGGCGAAUGUGAAGGAUCGUAACAAACGAGGGGCAUUGAUUUUUGCUGCUACGGAAGACAAGAUUGAGUUGUGCAAGUACUUGGUGGAAGAGUUGAAGAUUAAUGUCAAUGAAAAAGAUGAAGAAGGUGAGACUCCUAUUCUUCAUGCUGCUAGGCAAGGACACACUGCUACUGUCCAGUACCUCAUCGAACAGGGUGCAGAUCCUGCUCCCAUCCCCUCGGGGCCAACAGCUUUGCAUCAUGCUGCAGGAAAUGGACAUAUUGAAUUGGUAAAAUUCUUGCUGUCAAAGGGCGUAGAUGUUGAUUUGCAAAGUGAUGGUAGUACACCACUUAUGUGGGCUGCAGGUCUCGCCCAGGCAGAUGCUGUUAAGGUUUUGCUGGAACACCAUGCUAAUCUUCAUGUUAAAACAGAAGGUGAUAAUAUCAGUCCUUUGCCAUUAGCUGUAGCAGCCAAUUCAUUGCCUUGCGUGGAGCUGUUAUUAAAGGCAGGGGCUAAUGUCAAUGUUAGGACUAGUGAAGCAACUCCUUUGCUAAGUGAUGGUGAAGCAACUCCUUUGCUCAUUGCUGCUCAUAGAGGAAAUGCAGAAAUUAUUAACUACUUACUACAAGCUGGAGCUGAUCCUAAUGCCGCUGAUGAGGAUGGUAAUAAGCCACUACAUGUUGCAGCUACAAGAGGCAGUCGGGCAGCUGUUAAAGCUUUAUUGCCCGUCACACCACGGAUUCAGAGUGUUCCAGAAUGGACGGUGGAUGGAGUCAUUGAGUUUAUGCAAGCUGAAUACAGGAGAAAACAGGUCAUUGGGUUUAUGCAAGCUGAGUAUAGGAGAGAACAGCAGGAAAGAACAGAAGCUGCGAGGAAAGCAAACAAGUCAAGAGUUCCAAAGAAAGAUUUACCCAAGGUGACUCCUGAAGCAAAGAAGAAAGCUGCAGAUGCAAAAGCGAGCGGAGAAGAGGCAUUUAAGAGGAAGGAUUUUGCUACGGCUGUAGAUGCUUAUACGCAGGCAAUCGAUUUUGAUCCAACUGAUGGCACUCUGUUUUCCAAUAGAAGUCUUUGUUUGCUCCGCCUGGGGCAAGCUGAACAUGCCUUAAGUGAUGCCAAGGCCUGCAGAGAACUGAGACCAGAUUGGGCAAAAGGUUGUUAUCGGGAAGGUGCAGCUCUACGUCUAUUGCAGAGGUUUGAAGAGGCAGCCCAUGCUUUCUAUGAGGGCGUACAGAUCGACCAUGAAAAUACGGAGCUCAUAACUGCUUUCAGGGAAGCCGUUGAGGCUGGUAGAAAAUUUCAUGGCACGAAUAAGAAAAACUCAUCGUCAUCCAGUUGUUAGAAAGCACAUAAUUACAGAGAAGCACUUCUAUUGCUGGGUGAUAGGACUUCCGCUGGAGCAAGUAGAUAAUACUAUUGGGCAUGCCCUCUUUUGGUAGUUUCAAAAUCUAUCAUUUGAUGUUUUUACCCUAUUUUGUUAUGGUGUAGCACUACGACUUGAUGCAAAAUUCCAUUUUGAGCUAUCUUUCACCAUCUUUUUGGGUUAGGAAGUUAUUUUCAUUCACAUCUUAACAUGGAAAUAUCAAAUUAACUGAGCAACAAUAGCCUU